AUCGGUCGGUCCCCAGACAGCUGACGAUCAAAGGCUUCCCCGCUGCGCGUUGGGUGAUCAGCUUUGCAGACCAUUUUUCGCUCGAAAUUUUCUAACUUCCUGCUAGAAUUGGUCCUUUGCACGAGCCACCAUGGCCACAGUGCCACCCAAAAGGAAGGAAAUUUAUAAGUACGAGGCACCAUGGACGCUAUACGCCGCCAAUUGGAGCCAGAGGCCCGACAGAAGAUUUCGGCUCGCGGUGGGAAGUUUUCUGGAGGAAUACAACAACAAAGUACAAGUCAUCAGUUUGGAUGAGUCAGCUCAGGAGCUAAAAGCUAGCAGCAUGUUCGACCACCCAUACCCAUGCACAAAGAUCAUGUGGAUACCUGACAAUAAAGGAAUCUUCCCAGAUCUUCUGGCGACAAGUGGUGACUACCUUCGCGUGUGGCGAGCGGGAGAACCGGACACGCGGCUGGAAUGUCUGCUGAACAACAACAAGAAUUCCGACUUUUGCGCCCCUCUUACCUCCUUCGAUUGGAAUGAAGUGGAUCCCAACCUGAUAGGCACAUCGAGCAUCGACACGACAUGUACGAUAUGGGGGCUGGAGACAGGACAGGUGCUCGGCAGGUGUAACCUGGUGUCUGGGCAUGUGAAGACGCAGCUGAUAGCACAUGACAAGGAGGUGUAUGACAUAGCGUUCAGUCGAGCAGGUGGCGGCAGGGACAUGUUCGCGUCUGUCGGUGCCGACGGUUCGGUACGGAUGUUUGACCUCCGACACCUGGAGCAUUCCACAAUCAUAUACGAGGAUCCCCAACACCAUCCACUGCUGAGGCUAUGUUGGAACAAACAGGACCCUAAUUACCUGGCCACCAUGGCGAUGGACGGGAUGGACGUGAUCAUCCUGGACGUCCGUGUCCCCUGCACGCCGGUCGCCAGGCUCAGCAACCAUCGCGCCUGCGUGAACGGGAUCGCGUGGGCGCCCCACUCAUCAUGCCACAUCUGCACGGCUGACAAUGAUCGUCAGGCACGUAUCUGGCACACACAACAGACGGCCCGCGCUGUCGGGAACCCCAACAGGGCAUACAGAGCAGGAGACGACCACCAGGCGCUGAUCUGGGACAUCCAGCAGAUGCCGCGCGCCAUUGAGGACCCCAUCCUGGCGUACACGGCGGAGGGCGAGAUCAACCAGGUCCAGUGGUCCUCCAGCCAGCCAGACUGGAUCGCCAUCUGCUACAACCGCUGUCUGGAGAUCCUGAGGGUGUGACAAUGACUGCAACUGGACGCUUGUUUUUCUUUCGUUACCUUUCCAUUGUCAUAUUUUUAUUGUCAUUAUGCUGUUUCUUACAUACAUAAAUACAUGUGCAAACCAUUGCAAAUGCCAAAACAGCAGGCUCCGCCCCUACGGUGUCGCCAAAAAGUAAGGUGUAACAAUGUACAUGCAAUCAUAUUUUACAUACAUUUUACUAAAAUUUGGAUGAGUUUUCUCUUCCCUGCAAUGUUUAUGGAUUUUAACUUAGGCCACAUGUUUUAGUAUCGGUGCAGGUGGCAGAUGUUCGAAAGGUGCCAUCAACUUUGCUGAUAUUCAAAGCCCACUGCUGAGGCAAAGAUAGAUUAUAUUUACACAAAGACAUUGUCCGCAAGCCAGUAGAAGAAUCAUCUUUGAGGCUCUUAUUCAUAACCGUUCAUAAAUCAAUGUUAUACAUCUAAACUCAUAUACUAAGUAUAAUGUGCCAUUAUUGUGUCAUGCGCUCAAGAUCUGGAAUUGUACAAAAAUGAACGAUAAAAACCAAAGAUUCCACUUGCAAGUGAGACCCUUUAUAGUUGUUGCCAUGCCAGCGCCAAGAAGGAAGCAAUAUUAUGUGCGAAAAUAUGUAAAUAUGGUCUGCCUUGGUGGCCACAAUGUGUUUUAGAUUAGUGCUUUUAUAACAGUAACAGUAGUGCCAUAUCUAAAACUGAUUGUUUUAGUUACUCGGUUUUUAAGUAUAUUUGCUGUAAGAGUCUAUUUAAAUGUCCUGAGAGGAAGAUAAUAAGUAAGUACACCAUGUAGCUUUAGAGUUCACCUCAACAUACAUUGGAAAUGAUUUGAAGCACACCACAUGUAUUAUAGCAUCUACAAAUGCAGUCCUUUGGUAUGUUGUCUUACAAUACUUGUAUGUCUUCCUGUAUGUAGCAUGAUAUUUAUAUAACACUAGUGCUGGACUAUAGAGGUUCCGCUAGCAUGUACUCUGUUGUAAGGGUUUAGUAUAGGUUGUUUGGUCGCUAGCUUAGUCACAAAUAGGUCAUCUUUGUAUGCUGGAUAGCAUUGUGUCAUGUUGGCAUUGCAUUUUAUGGUAUAAUGAUAAUCAAGGUAUUUAGUGGGAAAGAUAAGGUGUAAAAUCAUGUUUUUGCAUUAAAACUGAUGUGAUUUUGAAAGUUCCUCGUGCAAAAAAUCCUAAAAACAGAUUGUGGGAAGGCACUUGUACACUUGUAGACUUCCAUGAGGAAGAUUUGAAAUGUCUGUCUUUAGAAAAAAACAGAUGAACUUUUUUAUAUACAUGUGUGAGGUCCUAUGUAGUGUCUAUGACCUAUGAUUGUGUAAUAUGCAAGGAUACAGUUGUCAGGUUGAACAGUGAAGGAUUGUUGGUUGUUUUAUCCAGAAAUGUGCCAUGGUUUUGGCAGUGUAGAAUGUUCCAAUCCAUGUGUUUGUGGCUUGUUUCACUACACAUAGUAAACAUGUCUGGUAUCAGAAUACAGGUGCAGAUAGGAGGUGGGAAAAGGCAAAGGAAACUUACUGAAGGAAAAACUGUGUGGUGUAAGGUUGCGUUCUGUGCACUCCAUUGUACAUGUAUGUGUCCAACUUUGUGUUUAUUUUCACCAGAUGUUGUUCUCUUGGUUUGAGAAGUCAAUUGUAAGUGCAUUGCAGUGCAAAGUCUUCGUGCAUAUAUUUUAGCCCACAUACUGAUCACAUUAAGAAUAUCUGCCAUGCUUAAAUGCCUGUUAUGUACAUCGCUUUGCAAUCAAUUUAUGUACAAGGAACUUACAUAAAACUCCUGUGUAAGAGAGUUACCGUAUACAAAGUAAAUCUGUCUUAUUGUAUUAACCACAUUUUAUCAGUGCACUUCAAGUAACACUGGGAAAGUGAAAUUUUAUGUUGUAGUAGCUGUAAAUGCUAGCAGAAGUACUAAUAUUCAUGUCAUUUAAGGUUUUAAGACCUCCAAUGUUAUGUUGGUUGGUUGGAUAUUGUUGCUAAGUUUGUGAUGAAGAAAGAGAGAGUAUGGCAUAAACAGCAUUUGCCAUAUGUCUUCGGUAUGCCUUGUACAGUCAAAUGUAAGGGGACGUUUUUCUAUUAAACCAUAGAAAAUACA